AUGGGAGAAGAAGUGGAAAAGUGGAAACAGAAAGUGAUGGAGCAGCAAAAGAAGUUGACUGAGCAACAGCAGCUUAUAGACGCCAAGCGCGCGGACGAAGAGCAGCUAAGAAACGCGGUGCAUCAGCAGCAGCAACAAUUAGUGCAGCAACAUCAGCAACUACAACAGUUGCAACAGGGAGCCGUACCACCACCAUCUCAAAAUGUGAGUUUCUUUUCAACGACAGGAUCGCUGUCGGAAUUUCAAAUAGGCGAAGAUUGGGACCUGUACCAAGAGAGGUUAGGACAAUACUUCGUGGCAAACAACGUGGCUGACGAGCGACGUGUAGCAGUGCUGAUUACGCUAGUAGGUCAGGAAGCCUAUAAAAUUUUAAAAGAUUUGUGUGAUCCAGUAUUACCAGCAGCGAAAACUUAUAAAGAAUUGUGUGAUAUAUUAAAAAUCCAGUUCGCACCCCGAAUUUCGGUGUUUGAAGAAAGAAUAGAAUAUUACGAUUUGCAUCAAAAAGAACAAGAAACUAUUAAUGAGUGGUAUGCCCGAGUUAAAAAUAAGGCGAUUAAUUGCAAGUUCGCUUCCCAAUUGGACGACAAGAUUAAAGAUAAGUUUGUCACAGGCAUGAGAAAAGGGCCUAUACUUGAUCGAGUAUGUGAAGAGGAACAUACAGUUACUCUGAGUGCGAUAUUGGAAACGGCCCGGAACAAGGAAGCAGCUAUGAGGUCAAGGACACAGGUUACGGAAGUACACCGGAUCAACGCAAGCAGUGUGACAGGGUCUGGCAGGCGCGUAGCAGACAACCGCAGUCGAGAUCAGAAUUCAAGACAGCAAGGACAACAGAAGUCGACCAACGAGAAAAAGUGCAAUCAUUGUGGUGAGACACGACACAAUUUUGCGAAGUGUAAAUAUAAAGAAUAUAAAUGUUCUAAUUGUCAGAAAAUAGGGCACUUAAGGAAAGUAUGUAAAGCUAGCCAAGCGAAAGUGUCAGGGACACAUUGUUUAGACAUAGAUAAGCAAAGUGACGAGGUCGUCGAGGAGAAUCUUGAUUUUAUUGACAUGUUUAGCCUGGUAAGUGGAGAUACAGAACCAGUAAUGGUUGAUUUAGUCAUAGAAGGAAAGCCUGUACGAGCUGAGAUAGAUUCGGGAGCAGGCAGGUCCGUAAUGUCUGAGCGAAUAUACAAAGAGAAAUUUAAAGACUGUAAAUUAGUUAGUACCAAAGUAAGAUUAAGGAUGUACGAUGGCAGUAUUAUAGUACCCGAAGGGCAAAUAGAAGUAGGCAUUCAGUAUAAAGAAAAGCAAUACAAAGGCUCAUUCGUAAUAGUGAAACAGGGUAGUAGACCAUUAGUUGGGAGAGACCUGAUGAAGCUACUAGGGUUUGAAAUAACAACGUUAAAUGUUUUACAAAAUGAAAAAGAUUUACAAGUUCUGCUAAAGGAGCAUUCAAGCCUGUUCGAUGCUUUUAAGAAAGAAAUAAGUGAGCAACUUGAUGACCUGGAAAAGAAAGGGGUUAUCGAAUUAAUAGAUGACAAUAGUUGGGGAACGCCGUUAGUGCCCGUCAUGAAAGAAAAUGGAAAACUUCGCAUAUGUGGGGAUUACAAGACCACGGUCAACAAAAUGAUAGAAGAUGUUAAGCAUCCGCUACCAAGAAUAGAGGAGCUUUUUGCGGCACUAAGUGGUGGAAAAUUAUUCACUAAGCUAGAUUUUACAAAUGCGUACAACCAAUUAGAAAUAACUGAAGAGACUGGUAAACUUUUAGCUUGGAGCACGCAUCAGGUAGUAACUGGAAGAAAUGAAACAGAGCAUUUAAAAAAUUUAGAAGAAGUCUUUGUGAGAUUAUCAAAAGCAGGUUUCAAACUAAAUUUAAAGAAAUGUGUUUUCUUUCAACCAGAAAUAAAGUAUGUAGGACAUGUGAUAGACAAAAAUGGUCUUCGCAAAGAUCCAGAAAAAGUAAAAGCAAUGAUAGAGGUUGCGAGGCCUCAAGAUGCGUCAGGGGUUAAAGCGUUUAUAGGAAUGGUUAAUUAUUACGGGAAGUUUAUACCAAGAUUAUCUGAGGUAUUGGCACCGUUAUACGCCAUUCAAAAAGAGAACACGUUCAACUGGUCAAAAGAAUGCGAAAAAGCUUUUCAAACAGUAAAAGUAGAAUUAUCAUCUGAACGGAAUUUAGUUCACUUUAACCCGGAAUUACCAAUUAAGUUAGUAUGUGAUGCGUCUAAAGUAGGAAUAGGAGCAGUAUUAUUACAUAUUCUAGCCGACGGUUCAGAAAAACCAUUUGCAUAUGCUUCAAGAGUAUUGCAAGGAGCAGAAAAAAAUUAUGCAGUAGUUCAGAAGGAAGCAUUAGCAAUAUAUUGGGCAGUUAAAAAAUUUUAUCAAUAUCUAAUGGGUAAUGAAUUUAUUCUAUGUACCGACCACAAGCCUCUUACAGCAUUAUUUGGGGAAAAGAAAGGGAUAUCUCAAAUGGCAGCAGGAAGGCUACAGCGUUGGGCAUUGUUUUUAAGUGGAUUCAAAUACUCUUUUAAGUAUAUCAAGGGAGUAGAUAAUGGUGCAGCGGACGGACUGUCUAGAUUACCUAGAGUGAGCAAAGAAGAGAAAGUAGAAGUAGAGAUAUACAUAGAUUAUGUUAGCGAAGAAAAGAUGCCAAUUAAAGCAGAUGAUAUAAGAAAGGCAUUGCGCGUGGAUGAAACAUUAAGUAAGGUAUAUUUAUAUGCUAGAGAGGGAUGGCCAAAUAGAGUCGAAGACGAAACUUUCAAACCAUAUUUUGUACGUAAGAACGAGAUCAGUAUUGAAAAGGGAUUACUUUUGUGGGGGUAUAGGAUUAUUAUUCCACAAAAAUUCAGACAGCAAAUGCUUGAAGAAGUUCAUGGCACCCACAUGGGUAUUACAAAAAUGAAAGCAGUAGCCAGACAAUAUAUGUGGUGGCCAAGUUUAGACAAGCAAAUAGAAGAGUACAUACAAAAUUGUGAACCCUGUAGGUUAAGUGCGAAACAACCGGAAAAGACGAGUUUAAUUAAGUUCAGAGAACCCGAAUGUGCUUGGGACAGAAUACACAUAGAUUUUUUAGGACCGUACAGAGGAAAAACAUACCUAUUAAUAAUAGAUGCCUAUUCCCGUUGGCCUGAAACUUUUGAAAUGUCACGAACAGAUUCGGAAAAUACAAUUGAAAAGUUGAGAGAAUGUUGUGCUCGAUUCGGACUGCCGCCACCGUACCAUCCAUCUACUAAUGGAUUAGCUGAGAAUGCGGUAGGAUCUUUUAAGAGAGGGAUAGACAAACUAGUCAAGGAUAAGAAAAAUGACUCAACGAAAAUAUCAACACUCAUAACUAGAUAUUUAGCUUCGUACAGAAAUGCACCUCACAUUAGUACAGGCGACACCCCGGCAAAGCGAAUGUUAGGUCGAGAAACUAGGACUAGACUAAGUCUACUGAGUAAAACAUUAAUUGAGACAACAAGAGAAAGACAAGUCAAAUAUUUCCAUGGUAGGAGAGAAAUAGACUUGGAAGAGGGAGACAAGGUUUAUAUAAGAAAUUAUAAAGACCCUGCGAAACCGACAUGGGAACCAGCAAUAAUUAAAACAGUUUUAGGCAGUAGAACAUAUCUCUAUCAGCCAAAAGAAAGACAGGAAGUUACAGUUAAAAGACACACUGAUCAGAUAAUUAGAGCUGGAGAGUUCUGUAAAGAUGAAACAAAAGAUCUACAAAACAAUAACACUGAGGCUAUAGAAAAUAAAAAUGAAACUCUUAGUCAAGAAAGUAAAAGAUUAGAGCUAAGUAACGAUGUAACUACUUGUAAGAACAAAGUACAAGCUAGUUUUAAGGACGCUAUACCAAAAGUACAAAUAAAUAAAGAGCAGACGGAAAACGAGACUGAAGUACCUAAAUGUAACAUAGAAAUUAAGAAACCAGAUGUAUUACUAGAUGUUAACCAAAGAAAAAAAAGAAUUGUGAAACCUGUUGUAAAACUAAAUCUAUAA